AUGAGUGAAAAACCGACAGCAGUCCAAGUUCUCGAUACAGAGAUUCUUUCAUGCUGCAAGACUCUCGAUUAUGUUACCUAUAAGCAACUUGUUACAGUCAAAAAAGAUCAAGAAGAAAUUUUUAAGAAAAUGGCUCUAUUGAUUUCUGAAUUUGAGAAGAUUCAAGAGAAACUUCCAAAGAAAGAUUUACAAAGUAGCACUCAAAAAUUAAAUUCAAUUUGCGACAGAUUAGAAAAUGCAAAAAAGAGAAUCCAAAAUAUUGUCCAACGCGCAGAAACAAUGAAAUUAGCUCUUGAUUACAAGCCACCAUCAGUUAAAACUUCUCCUUAUUACGUCAUGGAAACAUACACUUAA